CGGGCCGGGGCGGCCGCGGAGCCCGGGGGCUGGGGGCAUGAACCGCCCCGCGGCCCCGCCGCGCCCCCGCCGCCCGCCGCCGCCCGCCAGGGGCUAGAGGCGGCCGCCGGGAGGGCGCGCGGCGCCGGAGACAUGUCCAGGAGGAAACAGAGCAACCCCCGGCAGAUCAAGCGUUCCCUCGGAGACAUGGAGGCCGGAGAAGAGGCCCAGGCCGUGGACACCAGCCUCCCUGAGCAGGAGGCCACAGCCUCUGAGCCGGCGGCUGCGACAGAGCCGGAGCCCCCAAGCUCCCCCGCUGCAGGUGAUAACCCCCCGCCACUCCCACCGCCACCACCCCCCACGUCCCCAGGAGGCCCCCAGGAGAUGGAGGGGCUGGAGGAGGAGGCCGGCAGCUCCUGGAGCGGGCCAGACGAGCUGGAGCUGGUGCCGCAGGACGGGCAGAGGUGCGUGCGGGCUCGAUGUAGCCUCGCCGAGGGCCUGUCCUGGGGCCCAUUCCGCGGGAGCAUCCAGAGCAGAGCCUCGUCCCCCGGGCAGGAGGAACCGAGCCCGGCCCUUGCCCUGCUGCUGGAGGACGAGGCCUGCUGGCUGAGGACACUGCCCCCGGCCCUGACCACGGACGAGGCCACCAUGGAGAUCUACAGGAAGGACGAAGCCCUCUGGUGCAGGCUCACCAAGCCGGUGCCGGCUGGUGGACUGCUGAGCGUGCGCCUCACGGCUGAGCCCCGUGGGGCCCCCAGCCACCCUGUGAAGGAGGAGCCGGCGGAGCCUGAGGGCCCGGCCUCGUCACACACCGACAUCCAGCUCCUGCCCCAGCAGGCCGGCAUGGCGUCCAUCCUGGCCACGGCGGUCAUCAACAAAGACGUCUUCCCGUGCAAGGACUGCGGCAUCUGGUACCGGAGCGAGCGGAACCUGCAAGCCCACCUCCUCUACUACUGCGCCAGCCGCCAGAGCGCCGGCUCCCCCGCCGCGGCCGCCACCGACGAGAAGCCCAAGGAGACCUACCCCAACGAGCGCGUGUGCCCCUUCCCCCAGUGCCGCAAAAGCUGCCCCAGUGCCAGCUCCCUGGAGAUCCACAUGCGCAGCCACAGCGGAGAACGUCCUUUCGUGUGUCUGAUCUGCCUGUCGGCCUUCACCACCAAGGCCAACUGUGAGCGGCACCUCAAGGUGCACACAGACACCCUGAGUGGUGUUUGCCACAGCUGUGGCUUCAUCUCCACCACAAGGGACAUUCUCUAUAGCCACCUGGUGACCAACCACAUGGUCUGCCAGCCUGGCUCUAAAGCUGAGAUCUACUCACCAGGAGCCGGACACCCUGCAGCCAAGCUUCCCCCAGGUCUGGCCCAGGCAGGUCCUGCUCCAGCCCUGAAGUGUGGCCCCUGGGGUCUCCCUGCAGACAGCCUGGCCAGCUUCCAGCAGCACGCAGCCCUGCAUGGGCCCCUGGCCCCCACCGACCUAGGCCUGGAGCCCACCCCACAGCCAGGACUAGACAGGAAGAUCCUGGCCGAGGCCACAAACGGAGAGACCAAGGCGGUGCCCCAAAACGGGGGCAGUAGCGAGCCUCCGGCGGCCCCCAGGAGCAUCAAGGUGGAGGCAGCAGAGGAGCCCGAGGCAGAGCCAGGGCCCCGGGUCCCCUCACGGACGCCGUCACCGCCCAGCCCCGCCCAGGCCAGGGUGAAAGCGGAGAUCUCCAGUCCCACGCCGGGCUCCAGCCCGGGUCCUGGCGAGCUGGGCCGCCCCGGCGAGCUGGGCCUGGCGGCCGGCGCGCUCCUCUUGCCGCAGUUCCCCGCCGCGCCCCCCGCCUCGGAGAUCCUGGCCAAGAUGUCCGAGCUGGUGCACAGCCGGCUGCAGGCGGGCGCGGGCGCGCAGACCGGCCUCUUCGCGGGGGCCCCGAAGGGCGCCACGUGCUUCGAGUGCGACAUCACCUUCAACAACGUCAACAACUUCUACGUGCACAAGCGCCUCUACUGCUCCGGCCGCCGCCCGCCCGACGACGCGCCCUCCGCCCGCAGGCCUAGGGUUUCCCCCAACCCGGCGCGCGCGCCCCCCGACCCGCCGCCCGCCGAGCCCGACGCGGCGCGCUCCUCGCCGGGCCCCGGGGCGCGCGAGGACGAGGCGGGGGGCGCGGCCACGCCCGAGGCUGAGGCGGGGGGCCGGGGCAGCGAGGGCAGCCCGAGCCCGGGCAGCGGGGCGGACGAGGACGACGACCCCCGCCGGACGCUGUGCGAGGCCUGCAACAUCCGCUUCAGCCGCCACGAGACCUACACGGUGCACAAGCGCUACUACUGCGCGUCUCGCCACGACCCGCCGCCGCGCCGCCCCGCCCCCGCCGGGACCCCCGGGGCCCCCGCCGCCGCGCCGCCCGUGCGCACGCGCAGGCGCCGCAAGCUCUACGAGCUGCACGCGGCCGGGCCGGCCACGCCCCCGGCGCCCGGCCACGCCCCAGAGCCGCCGGCGUCACCGUCGCCGCGGCCCGGAAGCGGAAGCGGAAGCGGGCCGGACGCGGCCGACGGCCCCAUCGACCUGAGCAAGAAGCCGCGGCGCCAGCCCCCCGCGCCCGCGCCCCCGCCCCCGCCCCCGCCCGCGCCCCUGCCCGCGCUGGCCGACUACCACGAGUGCACAGCCUGCCGCGUGAGCUUCCACAGCCUCGAGGCCUACCUGGCGCACAAGCGCUUCUCGUGCCCCGCCGCCCCGCGCCACCUGCGCGCACGCCCGGACCCGCGCCCCUGCGGCCCCCCGAACGGCGCGGCGCGCGGGGACCUGGCGCGCGGGGACCUGGCCGAGCACCUCCGCCUGGCGCACGGCCUGCUGCUGGCCCCGCCCCCGGCCGAACCCCGGACGCCCUCGCCCGCCCCCCGCGACGGUCUCAACGGCCAGGAGCUGCGCGAGCCACCGGGCCCCGCCGCCGGCAGCCCCCGGCCCGGCCCCGCCCCGUCCCCCGAGCGGCCGCGCCCGCCCACGCCGCCCUCGCUCUCGGACAAGGGCGCGCAGACCCCCGGCAAGGGGGCACCGGCGCCCGGCGGCAGCCACAGGUACUGCCGCCUGUGCAACAUCAGGUUCAGCAGCCUGUCCACCUUCAUCGCCCACAAGAAGUAUUACUGCUCCUCGCACGCGGCCGAGCACGUGAAGUGAGCCCGCGCCACGCGGCGGAGCACGGCCCGGCGCAGGGGCUGCAGGGGCUGCGCCCGCCGGACCUUUGGCACUUAAUAAAGAAGUUCAGUUUGAUGAGCACAGUGGCGGAGCGGCCUAGUUCUCUGAGCAGAGGGCCCUGCGGUGGCGGCACAGGCGACCAGCACCGCCCCCGGCGAACACACUGCAGUCCCGAGUGGCCAGGCCCCUGCCAGAGUCGCAGCUAGUGGCCGCAGGUCAGCUUGAAGGCAUAGCACACCCUGGUGAUCGCUGCCCUGCUAGCUGCUCCGGACCUGCUUGGGGCACAGACGGAGCAGGCGCUGCCCUCUACGCCCACUGCUGCCCCCUCCAGGCUGGGAACGGCUUAAUUCUAGCCAGCUGACAGCCCUCCCGCCCUGAUUAGUCUUGGGAGCCUGGAUGUCUCCCGUCCAGUCACAGGUCUCCAGGGACGGGAGCGUCUUGGGGAAGGUGAAGCCCUAGGUUGCCAAGGCUGGUGUGGGGGGAAGGGAGCAGCCCACAGGCACCAGGGGAGAAGGGGAGGGGGCACCAAGUCCCACGGCGAACCCUGGACAAGGGGAGCGCAAAUCCUGAGCGGGGUAGCACAGCACCCCUGGUGGCUGCAGUGGUGUAAGGGACGUGGCACCGCACCCCCAGUCUGCAGGUGCCACGCCUGGACCCAGACAACACUCAGCCAAACUCAGACGAGCGGAGUCCAGCAUGGUCUUGUCACUUCUUGGCUGGGGGCUCCCUGUGGUGUCCCUGCAUCAGCCCCUUUCCAACUUUGCUUGAAGCAGCAGGAUAUUUUUUCCAAACACAAUCUUACCCAGCAGCCUAUGGCCCAUAGACGUGAACUCUGACCUCUGACCUUUCUCUGCCUCAAAUAACGGUGUGGUGCUUCCUGCCGCCCACCCAGACUCACUCUCCCUCUGAAGGCAGAUGUCCCUCCCGGCCUCAUGGGGGGCAGUCCCAGGAGCCUGUCUGGACAAGAACAGUCUCCGUGGCAUCGUCCACAGGCCUCUCCCAUCUGACACCUGCCCACCUCCUGCUUGCCCUGAGCUGGUCCUGAGUGACAGGGCUGCGUGGCCAAGGCCACUGGACAGUCAGGGCUCCCACCCUCUCAGGGGUCUGGGCUGCAGGGAAGUUGUCGGGGGGGCGGGGGAGUCCAGGGGAGCCAAGCUGCCGUCCCGUAGACGCCCACCUCAGGGCCCGAGGACCAGCCCCGGGCUCUGCCCUCCUGGGUUGGGGGGCACAGCCCCUCGGGCCCGCUCCUCCUCUGCACUCUUCUGCAUGGAUUUGCGCGCAGAGUUCAAGAGGCUCUGCCUCCAAGCCGGGCCUCUAAUGGAGGCGGCGGUACUCUGCCAUCCGGGCACGUUGUUCCUAAAAAAAUUAAACGUAAUGCACUGAAUUUUGCUGUAUAUGAACUUUAAAAUAAAAAUUUUUUAAAGGGG